UCCGGACCGAGAACAGGAAAUAUAUCCUGCCCGGCGAUCUCGCUUCUCUCCGUCCCCGUGCCAUCUCUCUGCAGAAUGGUGGAUCCCUGCAUUUCCCAUUCGAUCGUCUCCGUCUGCUACUGAGCGAGCUCGAGGUGCAACAAUGGUGAAGAACUACGUGAGGGAGAACGUGCCCCUCUCCCGCUUCGGAGUGCUGGUGGCGCAGCUGGAGUCCAUCGUCGCGUCCGCCUCCCAACAGCCGCCGGACCCGCUCCUCUGCUUCGAUCUCCUCUCCGAUCUCAUCUCCGCCAUCGACGAGGAGCCUCAGGAAUCGAUACUGCUAUGGCAAAGAAAAUGCGAGGAUGCGCUGUAUUCUUUGCUUACUUUGGGUGCCCGAAGGCCGGUGCGCCACUUAGCGUCUGUGGCGAUGGCGAGGAUCAUUUCCAAGGGAGAUGGUAUUUCGAUAUACUCUCGAGCGAGCAGCCUCCAAGGAUUUCUUUCUGAUGGCAAGAGGAGCGAGCCACAGAGAGUUGCUGGGGCUGCACAGUGUUUGGGUGAACUAUAUCGGCAUUUUGGGAGAAGAAUCACUUCAGGUUUACUUGAAACGACCAUCAUUGUAACUAAACUUAUGAAGUUUCAUGAGGACUUUGUUAGAAAGGAAGCUCUCCAUAUGCUCCAGAAUGCCUUAGAAGGCUCGGGGGGCUGUGCUGCCUUUUCAGCAUAUACUGAGGCUUUUCGUCUUAUUACACGAUUUGCUGUGGGAGAUAAAUCAUUUGUAGUCAGAAUAGCUGCUGCAAGGUGUCUCAAGGCAUUUGCAAAUAUUGGAGGACCAGGUUUAGGAGUUGGAGAACUCGACUCUUCAGCUUCUUAUUGUGUUAAGGCCCUCGAAGAUCCGAUUUCUUCUGUUCGGGAUGCUUUUGCUGAAGCAUUAGGGUCGGUGCUUGCUCUUGGAAUGAACCCUGAGGCACAAGUUCAACCAAGGGGAAAAGGACCUAUUCUCGUGGGCAAGAAACUAGAGGGUGGUUUGGAGAGACAUUUAACAUUGCCUUUCACAAAAGCAAGUGGAGCUCGUUCCAAGGACCUUAAAAUUGGUAUAACUCUGUCAUGGGUCUCCUUUUUACAGGCCAUUCGUUUGAGAUAUCUACGUCCAGAUAGUGAGCUUCAAAACUUCACUCCUCUGGUUAUGGACAUGCUUCGUGCAGACAAUUCUACUGAUGCCCAUGCGCUGGCAUGUGUUCUGUACAUUCUUCGAGUGGGUAUCACUGAUCAAAUGAUGGAACCUACUCAAAGGAGCUUUUUGGUUUUUCUGGGAGAGCAGCUUCAGUCCCCUGAUUUUGCUCCAGCAAUGAAAGUCGCUGCUUUUCGUACCUUGUCAUAUACUCUCAAAUCGGUAGGAGAGGUUCCGUUUGAAUUCAGGGAAGUUCUUGAUGACACAGUGGUUGCAGCAGUUUCGCACUCUUCUGAACUUGUACGUAUUGAGGCGGCUUUGACAUUACGUAUGUUGGCUGAGGUUGAUCCAACAUGUGUUGGAGGUUUGACAUCUUUUGGGGUCACCACGCUUAAUGCUUUGAGGGAAACCGUUUCUUUUGAGAAGGGAAGUAAUUUAAAGCUUGAACUUGAUUCGUUGCAUGGCCAGGCAAUGGUUUUAGCUGCUCUAGCAUCCAUUUCGCCCAAAUUACCACUUGGCUAUCCAUCCAGGCUACUACAGUCAGUGCUUGAUGUUUUGAAGAAAAUGCUGUUACAAUCCAGCCCGAACCCUGUUGCUCACACCGUUGAAAAACAAGCUGGGUGGUCACUUUUAUCAUCACUAUUAGCUUCCAUGCCAAAAGAGGAACUUGAAGACCAGGUUUUUGAUAUCCUCUCAUUGUGGGCUCCAACAUUUACUGGAAAUCAAGAUCGUGAAUUUGCACAAAAUGCAAAUCUAAUAGCUCUUAUGAGCGUGUGGGAGGCUGCAAUUGACGCUCUUGCGGCUUUUGUCAAAUGCUUUGCUUCUCCUGAUGCUGUAAACAAUGGGAUUUUGCUUCAACCUGUGCUGGUAUACUUGAGUAGGGCUUUGUCUAUCGUCUCAUUGGUUAAAGCUAGAGAGUCUCCAAAUUUGAAGCCUUCAAUGGAUAAGUUUGUCAUCAAAAUUUUAAUUGCUUAUCAGUCUCUUCCUGAUCCAAUGGCAUAUAAAAGCGAUCAUCCUCAAAUUAUUCAAUUGUGUACAACCCCGUUCAGGGAUGCUCCUGGGUGUGAGGAAAGCUCAUGCUUGAGGCUAAUACUGGACAAGAGAGAUGCGUGGUUGGGUCCCUGGAUUCCUGGAAGGGACUGGUUUGAAGAUGAGCUUCGUGCAUUCCAAGGUGGAAAAGAUGGGCUUAUGCCUUGUGUUUGGGAGAGUGGACAUUCUAGUUUUCCUCAGCCGGAGACUAUAAGCAAGACAGUGGUGAACCAGAAGCUCUUGUGCUUUGGAAUCUUGUUUGCUUUUCAAGAUAAUAAUGGAAUGCUAUCACUUCUUGGAACUAUCGAGCAGUGUUCGAAAGCUGGAAAGAAGCAACAAUGGCAUGCUGUCAGUGUCACCAACAUCUGUGUUGCCUUGCUUGCUGGACUGAAGGCGUUGCUUGCAUUACGUCCGCGCAUAUUGGGGCAAGAAUUGUUGAGCAUAUUACAGACUAUUUUCCAGAGUAUUCUAGCAGAGGGAAAUAUUUGUGCUUCACAACGUCGAGCAUCAGCAGAAGGCCUUGGUCUGUUGGCUCGUGUUGGAAAUGACAUUUUCACGGCAAGAUUGACUAGAUCGCUUCUUGGCGAGUUAACUGCAGCAACAGAUACUAAUUAUGCUGGUUCAAUUGCUUUUGCACUGGGAUGCAUCCAUCGCUGUGCAGGAGGAAUGGCAUUGUCAAGUUUAGUGCCUUCAACUGUGAGCUCAAUCUCCUUGCUCACGAAAAGUUCAGUGCCAAAUCUACAAAUAUGGUCUUUGCAUGGACUUCUUUUGACUAUUGAAGCUGCUGGUUUGUCUUAUGUAUCUCAUGUUCAGGCAACACUUGGCCUCGCAAUGGAAAUUCUUUUGUCUGAGGAAAAUGGAUGGGUUGACCUUCAGCAAGGUGUUGGCCGCCUUGUAAAUGCUAUUGUUGCUGUUCUUGGUCCAGAACUGGCCCCCGGGAGCAUUUUCUUUUCCCGUUCUAAGUCUGUUAUUGCAGAGAUAAGCUCCUGGCAAGAAACGGCCACACUCCUUGAGAGUGUCCGCUUCUCGCAGCAACUUGUUCUUUUUGCACCACAAGCUGUCCCUGUGCACUCCCAUGUGCAAAGUCUUCUCCCAACUCUCUCCUCAAGACAGCCCAUCUUAAGGCAUCUUGCGAUUUCUACCCUGCGACACCUCAUUGAAAAGGACCCAGAAUCAAUAAAGGAGGAGCAGAUUGAAGAAAAUUUAUUUCAUAUGCUGGAUGAAGAAACUGAUUCCGAGAUUGGAAACUUGGUCCAAUCUACAAUCAUGCGACUCCUCUAUGCAACAUGCCCUUCUUGUCCAUCUCAUUGGAUUUCAGUUUGUCGUAACAUGGUUCUUUCGACGUCAAGAAGAAAGACCGAAACUGAGAGAACUGUAGAGAAUGAUAUAUCAAUUGGGACAGAUGGUGAAACAAGCUUGGCUGUUGGAGGAGAUGAUGAAACCAUGGUUGCUCAUUCUAGAGGCAUGUCCAUGCAAGACUACCCCUACGAAGGAUCUAGUGUUUAUCCUAAACGUGAUAAGCAUCUUAGAUAUCGAACAAGAGUUUUUGCAGCUGAGUGCUUGAGACAUCUACCUGCAGCUGUAGGAAACGACCCUUCUCAUUUUGAUCUCUCAUUGGCUAGAUCCCAGUCCUCCAGAGGUCAUGCUAUGGGGGAUUGGCUAGUUAUCCAUGUACAAGAGCUAAUAUCACUAGCUUAUCAGAUAAGCACUAUACAGUUUGAAAGACUGCAGCCGAUUGGUGUGGAACUCUUAAGUAUUAUUAUAGACAAGUACCAAACAAUCUCUGACCCUGAGCUUCCUGGGCAUCUUCUACUGGAACAGUAUCAGGCCCAAUUAGUAUCUGCUGUCCGUACUGCUUUGGACACAUCCUCAGGCCCCAUUCUUCUGGAAGCAGGGUUGCAGCUGGCUACAAAGAUUCUAACAAGUGGAAUAAUAACUAGUGAUCAAGCUGCUAUUAGACGUAUAUAUUCAUUGAUUUCUCGCCCACUGGAUGAUUUCAACAACCUCUAUUAUCCUUCAUUUGCAGAAUGGGUUUCCUGCAAGAUCAAGGUCAGACUCCUGGCUGCUCAUGCAUCUCUCAAGUGUUACACAUAUGCAUUCUUGAGGCGACACAAUAGUGAAAUUCCUGAAGAUUAUGCAGCAUUUCUUCCAUUAUUUGCAAAGGGUUCAAUGGUUCUUGGAAAUUUCUGGAUAAGGAUUCUGAAAGACUAUAGCUAUAUAUUCCUGCGGUUGCAUCUCAGAAAGAAAUGGAAUCCUUUUCUUGAUGGAAUACAAUCCCCGUUGGUUGCUUCAAAGUUACAACCUUGUUUAGAGGAAGCCUGGCCAGUAAUUCUGCAGGCACUAGCUCUUGAUGCAGUUCCUGCUAAUUUAAGUGGACAUGGCAACAAUGUUCAACUCAUAUCAAAGGAUAACUUAAUAUCUGGAUAUGGCAUGGUUGAACUGAGUUCUGAGGAAUUUCGAUUCCUAUGGGGUUUUUCACUUCUUGUUCUUUUCUGUGGGCAAGAUACAAUGCCUGAAAGAAGAAUAACUUUGUGGGCUCCUGCUCGAGGUUGUCCGCCUGAAGAUUUAACAAUUAAAGAUACAAAUCCUCCAGGCUUCAAUUUGUACGAGGUGGUUUUGCCAGUAUUCCAGUUUUUGUCCAGUGAGAGAUUUUUUAGUGCUGGUUAUGUGACAGUGGAAAUCUGCCAGGAACUAGUGCAGGUUUUCACAUUCUCUGUAUACAUGGGCAAUGCAUGGAACAGUCUCGCAAUAUCUGUUCUGUCACAGAUUGUGAAAAAUUGCCCAGAAGAUUUUCUAGAAGAAGAGAAUUUUACUUACGCUACCGUUGAACUUUGUUUGGCUUACAUUUUCAAUAUCUUUCAGUGUGCAAAUGCAGUUUCAACAGAUCAGAGCUGGGAGGACUUAGUAUCUCCAGUAUUGGUUAUGGCAAAGACACUUGUGAGACGUUUCGUGCAUAAGAAGCAACUAAAAUCAGUGGCACUGGCCAUGCUGCUGAUUAGUUACCACUGUGUUAGAGCAUCUCCCACUGAGUUAUGCUUUUUAAAAGUAAAUGAUUACGUCCAGAGCGCAAGUUCCAUAUUGAAAAAUCUCCUUCGUGACAUAUGCGAACCUGGCGAAGAUGCAGUCCUCUGUUUCCCAGGAUUUUUGGAAACCAGCUUGAAUGUGAUUAUUGGUUUGAUUAAGGACUGCAUAAAGGGCAUUCACCUACUUGGCAAUAAGAAAUCUGAUUCACGAAAACUGAUUCAGACAAAGCUUGCCUUUUCUUUUGAACAAAUCAUAAUUCUGGCAAAGCUGGCUCAUCAAUGUCUAGCAUUACGAACAGAUGGCGAUCCGCUGCACUUCACUCUUCUCAAACAUUGUACAGAAUGCAUUAGGAGUGUUCUUGGGGAUACUAAUAUGCAGGUUCAAGCUAUUGGCUUACAAGUUCUGAAAGGCAUGUUACAGAGAGAAACCAGUGCAGAGGACAUUUGUUUCCUGACAUUCUUUACUGGGGAGGUCAUUGAGGAUAUCUUUUCCAUGGCCCUGAAUAUGUUGAAGAGAGAUGUAACCAAGGAAUCUGCAGUUAUCAUCACCGAAUGCUUGAGAAUCUUUGUACUUUUGCAAACCCUGUCAAAAUCCUCCAACUGUCGGAGGGGUUAUAUGACCCUGCUUGUGGAGGUUAUUCUCAGGGUUUUCUCUGCUAGCAGUGAUUAUUCAGAGGGUGCCGUUGAUAUAAGAAGCAUAUCCAUAAAGCUUGUCUCUCAUCUUGUUCAGAUUCCUUCCUCAGCUGUUCACUUUAAGGAUGUCCUGUUAUCAAUGCCUGCAUCGCAAAGACAGCAGCUUCAGGACAUCGUCCGUGCAUCGGUGGCUCAAGAUCACAAUGCAAUGCAGACAAAAUCAGUGACUCCGUCUCUGGAGAUUAAAUUACCAGCUUCAGCAGAAGGAAUUAAGGAAAAAGAUUCUCCGGCAUCCACUAAAAGUCACUCCCUUGAUAGUACGGUGGAAGAGCAUGAGGAAGAAGAUGAUUGGGACACUUUCCAAUCUUUUCCUGCUUCUAGCAGUGCCGCCGCCACUGAUCCCCAAAUUGGAAGUACUCCUGAGGAAGGUGACAUAAUUGAGAACUCCGAAUUUGAGAAGUAUACUGGAGAUGGUGAAGAUAUAAAGUUAGCCUCUGGUGACAUGGAAGCAUUAAGCAACAUGGUGCAGAAAGAGGUUGUUACUGAAGUGGUUUCUGAUGUGGUAGGUGAAAAAAACAUAAUGGGAGAAUCUCUUGAUCUUUUAAGGGAAGACAAUGUGGAUGAACCAUUUGAUCGUCAACACUGGAUAGACGAGGUAGUACCAAGUGAAGAGAAGGAGUUGACUGAAGUUCAAUUAUCUGAAUGUUUGGAAGCAUCUGAUGAGAGCAACUUUGUGGAAGGUCAGAGACUAAGAAAUGAUAGCACUAGUGAUAGAGCUGAUCUUGAAAUAUCUCCAGCUGCUGCACCUGUGGAACUCUUGGAUAUUGGAAAACAUUAUGAUGGAGGGGGCUUGAAGGAUACAGAUCCAGUUGUUAAUGCAAAUGAAGAUACUGAAAAGGAAACUCUGGGUGAGAAGAGGAGAAAUAAUCAACGAUACGCUGGUCAGGAUUCAUUCCUCGUGAAACAUCCUGAUACUUCUCAUUCAAGUGAAGAGGAAGUGAUUCAACUUCAACCGUCUGAACAUUUAGAGGAGUCAAAUGAGAGCAACAUUGGGGAAAGUCACAGACUGAGAGAGGAUGACACUAGUCCAAUUGGUCUUGAAGUUUCUUCAGUUACCACAUCUUCUAAGCUCCUCGAUAUUGGACCCCACAGUGAUGUAGGUGGCGUGACAACUGGCAAUCUAGAUGUGCCUGUCAAUGGAGAUUCUGUUAACCAAAUUCUGGAUGGGGAGAGUAGGAAUGAGAAGUACCAAGAUGUUGGCCACUGUUGAUCAACUGUCAAAGACAAAGAUGAUGCUCCAGACUUAGAAUCUCUCGCCAAGAUAUGACAGACCAUAGUGUAGAUAAUGAAGUACUACAAAAGUAGAUAUCUGCUUUCCUUUUUCCCAUUUUCUAGCAGGCGAAACCAGCCCCUGACAACUGUGCUUCCUCAACCUUUUCAUUAUAGCGAAGCACAUAUAGUAUAUGAAAAAUAUUUUCCAAGUUCA